AUGAACCAUUAUCCAGCUUUUCUUCGUUCGUAUAAUGUGAAAUCAACUAAUUCCACCAAUAAUUCAUCAUCAUCAUCAUCUAAUAAUGAAAAUGAUGAAAAUUCAUCAAUAAAGAGUCUCAUUUUUAAACAUUUAUCUAAAGCACAAUCAAGUUCUUUAACUAAUAAUAAUACAAAAGGAACAAUGCGUGGUAUUCUUGGUGAAGUUGGCAAUAUGACAUUGUCGAAUGUACAAAUGACAUCAAUAAUAACCAAACCAAAAACACUUCAACAACAAUCAGUAACAACUAUUGUUGAAACAACAUCGACAAUAACUGCACCGCCACCGGCACCACCACCACUACAGCCAUCGUCAAUAUCAAUUAUACCGAUAGUUGUAAAUAAAAUUGAAAAAGUUACUUUGGAUGAUAAUAAUGAAAAUGAUGAAUAUAUGCUUCAUGAACCAAUAACAAAACUUACAAAAGUUCCACCAGAAUUUGAUUGUGAUAGUAGUGAUUCAUAUAAUAUAACUACUGUAUCGGAAUAUGUUGUUGAUAUUUGUAAAUAUUGGCGUGAACUUGAACAACUUACACCAAUUCGAGAGAAUUUUUUAUUAAAUCGUACUGAAGGCACAGCUUCACCUCAAAAUCGAGCUGUACUUAUUGAUUGGCUCUAUCAAGUACAUGAUCGUUUCAAACUUCUUUCAGAUACAUUUCAUAUGACAAUUCAACUUAUUGAUCGUUAUUUACAAUUAAUUGAUGUAUCAAAACAUGAAUUACAACUUAUUGGAUCGACUGCCUUAUUAAUAGCAUGUAAAUAUGAAGAAAUGACAAUUCCUGGUAUGAAUGAUUUUGUCUAUGUAUCCGAUAAUGCAUAUUCAAAAGAAGAUAUGAAAGAAAUGGAACGAUGUAUAAUAUCAACAUUAUCAUUUAAUCUUGGUCGACCAUUAUCAAUAAAUUUUCUUCGUCGUUAUUCAAAAAUAGUUCAAGCAACUGAUAUUGAACAUACAUUAGGAAAAUAUCUUCUUGAUUUAAUAUUUAUUGAUCAUUCAUUAUUACAUUUAUUACCAUCAUAUGUAUCAGCAUGUGCAUCAUUUCUUUCACGUUAUUUAUUUGCAUAUAAAUCUUUAACAUCAUCAACAUCAGUAUCAUCAUUAAUUGACAACAUUUGGCCAAGUAAAUUUAUGAAUUAUCAUACUGGUUAUACAUAUGAAGAACUUCGUCAUGGUAUUAAACAAUUAGGUCAAUUACUUAUUGGACAAGAUACAACAAAAUUAAGAAGUGUACAAAAAAAAUUUUCUCAAAGUAACAUGUUUUCAGUUGCACAACAUAGUUGUUGUAAAAGUGCUUAUGUUCAAAUAGCACUUUCUCGUCUAUCAAAAUAG